UGGACUUAAUGGCUACCACGCAAUAUGGCGAUACUAUAGGCACUCUCUGUCCUAUCUAGGCCUCUUUGUGGUUCACGGUUUACUGAUAUUCGAGUUGCAGCCGCUGGUUGGUUCUAGCCUAUUCUGUUACGCCCAUCGUCACAACCUGGUCUUCACAAUAAAUAUCGAUCUGCAAGCCCGGUUUCUUGCUUCUCUUCUCCCGUCGCCGCCUCUUCCCCGGACCGAGGUGCCGAUCCAAUCCCACUUGUGGCCAGCCGACAAUGGAGACAGAAAUUGAACAACAAGAAGAGACCUCAUUCAGCAACACAGAGACAAACGGUAAGCGCCCAGCUGAGGACGCAGAGGACCAAAAAUCAUUCAAGCGCUCCAGGAACUCAGACGAAAUGGUGGAGCUUCGUAUCCUCCUGCAGAGCAAAAAUGCAGGAGCGGUGAUUGGGAAGGGUGGUAAAAACAUCAAAGCUUUACGAACAGACUACAAUGCCAGUGUGUCAGUCCCAGACAGCAGUGGGCCUGAGCGCAUCCUGAGUAUCAGUGCAGACAUCGAGACAGUUGGCGAAAUCCUGCUUAAGAUCAUCCCCACGCUGGAGGAGUACCAGCAGUACAAUGGCAUGGACUUCGACUGUGAGCUUCGACUGUUGAUUCACCAGAGUCUGGCUGGCUCAAUCAUCGGGGUAAAGGGAGCAAAGAUCAAAGAGCUCCGAGAGAAUACCCAGACCAGUAUCAAGCUCUUCCAGGAGUGUUGCCCUCAGUCAACAGACAGGGUGGUGCUGGUUGGAGGCAAAUCGGAGAGGGUGGUUGAGUGUAUCAAGACCAUGCUGGAGCUCAUCGCUGAAGCUCCCAUCAAGGGGCGUGCCCAGCCUUAUGACCCCAACUUCUACGACGAGACGUACGACUACGGCGGCUUCACUAUGAUGUUUGAGGAGAGGGGGGGCAGCCGCAGGCCCAUGGGGGGCUUCCCCAUGCGUGGGGGUAGGGGCGGUGGUGAACGUGGCUUCGACCGCAUGCCCUCCGGCAGGGGAGGACGUGGCCCCAUGCCCCCCGCCCGCCGAGAUUACGACGAGAUGAGCCCCCGAAGGGGCCCCCCCCCUCCCUCCCACUCCGCUAGGGGAGGCCGAGGAGGCGGCCGUGGACGCAACAUGCCCCUUGGACCCCCACACAGAGGAGGAGAUGACCGUUACUAUGAGUACCGCGGCUCUGAGGACAGGUCAAAGAGUCAUAUGCAGAGGCCUCUAAUUUCCAGCAGCGACAGAAGAGGCAGACCGGAUCGCUAUGGCGAUAACAUGGGAGGUGGUGGAUAUGAUAACAGCUCCUCCUGGGAUAACUACCCAUCAGGCGGUCGGGGCUCGUACAACGACAUGGGGGGCCCCGUCAUCACCACCCAGGUGACCAUCCCGAAAGAUAUGGCGGGCUCAAUCAUUGGUAAAGCAGGCCAGCGAAUCAAGCAGAUCCGCCACGAGUCCGGGGCCUCGAUCAAGAUCGACGAGCCCCUGGAGGGCUCUGAGGACCGCAUUAUUACCAUCAGCGGCACCCAGGACCAGAUCCAGAACGCCCAGUACCUGCUGCAGAACAGUGUGAAGCAGUACUCUGGUCACUUCCUGUAGGCCCAUGAGACGCUGAGUGAAGAAGAACCCCCCCCCCCCCCCCCCCCCCCAAACACACACACCCAAACCCGAAAACACACAAACGCAUACAUAUACACACACCCCUCCACGUCCCUCUUCAACAAAUCCCACUCAAAAUAUGGGUUUCUUUUUUGUAUUUUUUAACUUAAAGUAGGUCCAACAUUCCUGUGCGUUUAUAUAAAAAAAAAAAACAUCCAGCAUUUUUAGGUGUAGCCCAUUAACUCGUACAGUAACUUCUUUUCAGCUAUUUCUGAUAUUAAUACUGCUUCCUAAAAGAAAAGUUAAACAUCUUUAUUUUUGGAUGAGGUUCUGCGUUGUGUACAUGUUUGUCUUGAGAGUAAAUUGAUGUGUGUGUGUGUGUGUGUGUGCGCUAUGGUCAUCUUUAUUGAUGUCACUCACAGCUGAGUUGUAACCUUUGUAAUACUCGGCGCAUCGCACAGAAUGUAAGCUACAGUUUUGUUUUGAUAUUUUGAUCAUUUUGUGAAAUAUUUUAUGUUUUUUGUUUUUUAAAUCAAUGUGGGAAUCCUCAAAUGCUUUCAGUUUGGAGGUGUUGGAGUGCGGGGGAGGGGUGCACAUCUUUGGGACUCCUACAGUGAGUGUAGUUUUACACUUGUGUACGAUUCAGGGCUGACCGACAAUUUCGUUGUAUAUUAAGUCAUCUUUCUUUUGGGGGGGGGGGGGGGAAGGAAGGAGGAGGUGGAAAUGCUUUUGAAUAACCAGAGAUGGAAAGUUGUAGCUAGUGAUUUAUUAAGACAUUGUAUGGAAGGUAACUAAUGUGGAAUUGGUUUGUUUUGUCCCUGCAGUGUCCUGUUCUCUACACUUGUUGUCCUGUCACGAUGUAGAUUGACAUUGUCCAAUUGUAAAAUUAAUAAAAAUGCCAUUUUUUUUUACCAAACGA